CACGGCGGGAAACUUCACCAGGGGAACAAUUAUCAAAAGCUAAUCAAGUCCCACUUUUAGAUGGACUUAAUGCUGGUUUAAACACCGGAGUACCGAAGUACUGAAACGACAUCAGGAGGAAAGCUACUGGUCCACAGCUGGUCACUGGAAAAGCGGCGUGUAAUAUUCCCAUUAGUUUUGAAACAGCUUGCGUUACAUUAAAGUUCACCUAUAGCAAACGAGAUAAAGUGGAUUACCGCUGUGUGAGACAAAAGCCAGAAAACAACCACUCUCGAAAGAAAACUACCAAGACAGCAGAGAUGGAGAACAGCACAGUGGAGAACCAAACUUCAUCUAAGUGGACCCCCCACAGCAUCGAGUACAAAGUCAUCAGCGCGGUGUUGGUGUUUGUGAUAUGCGUGCUGGGAAUCAUCGGCAACACGAUGGUCAUCUUGGUCGUGCUCACCACGAAGCACAUGCGAACACCCACCAACUGUUACCUGGUGAGUCUGGCCGUCGCUGACCUCAUGGUCCUGUCGGCGGCCGGUAUUCCCAACAUAGCGGACAGUAUCUACGGAUCCUGGGUGUUUGGUCACUACGGGUGUCUCGGCAUUACCUACUUUCAGUACCUUGGGAUUAAUGCGUCUUCCUGUUCAAUCACCGCCUUCACCAUUGAGAGAUACAUUGCGAUAUGUCAUCCGAUUAAAGCCCAGUUUCUUUGCACUUUAUCCAGGGCGAAAAAGAUCAUAUUGCUAGUGUGGGGGCUCACGUCGCUGUAUUGUGUUUUAUGGUUGUGUCUGACUGAUACUGUGGAGACGGUGUACGCGGAUAUAACCAUCAUAUCAUGCGCUUACAAGAUGAAGAGAAGUGUGUACAUGCCGAUAUACUUUUUUGACUUUGGAAUCUUUUUCGUCGUGCCCCUGGCUCUCGCCACGAUCCUGUAUGGACUCAUUGCCAGAAUUCUCUUCUUAAAUCCACUGACGUUUGAGAAAAAAGCAAACGGGAAGAGUGGUGUCGCAAAGGGCAUUACGGUGGGAAACCUGAAAAAGUCCAGCCAUUGCUCCAACACGACCGCCACGUCCAGGAGACAGGUAACUAAAAUGCUGGCGGUCGUGGUGAUCCUCUUUGCCCUGCUCUGGAUGCCUUAUCGCACCCUGGUCGUGGUCAACUCCUUCCUGGAGGAACCCUACCUGGACGCCUGGUUCCUGCUGUUCUGCCGCAGCUGUAUCUACCUGAACAGCGCCGUCAAUCCGGUCAUCUACAACGCCAUGUCACAGAAGUUUCGCGCCGCUUUCCGGAAGCUUUGCCUGUGCGGACGCCGCCAGAGCUCGAGCACCAAAGGGGCGUACAGCGUGGCGCUGACGUACAGCGCGGGGAAGGACACCUCUAUGGUGGAGAGCACGGAACACUACACCACCGAGCUGGACGAGUUGACCGCCACCGAUGAACUCCUCGGCGACAAGACGACGAUCUAUCCAGAGGACUGCACUUUAAUGAAAGUGACUUUCAGCCAAAAUUCUGCGCAGCUUGUUUAACGGCCUGCAGGACAGGAAGCAACUUUUUUUUCUCCGAUUGGAGCGCAACAAGUGAGUCCGUAAGACUGCGCUCAGCUGGAGGCAGCGCCUGAUGAGCCUCUUCAGUUACAGAGGCCCGAAAAGGUUGUCUCUGUGUGCUUAAAUGGACAGAUAACUUUAAGCACAACACAUUUGCAUAACCAACUAAACGGGUAUAAUGACUGAUUUAAUUUCAAAUACCGUAAGCAUUUUAAACAUUUGAGGACAUUUCUUCUUUAUCUAUAAUUUUCUUCUGAAAUGGAAAAUUAGCUAGCAUGAAAUACACCAGCUCAGUGAUGUCAUGCUGAUCACAAUGACAAUAGGACACUCAGAUGAAGAUCUUAUAGGCUGGAAAAAAGUGCAGUCCUUAAAAAAUAAACAAAUUAAAAAACAGAAAUGAACCUGAAAAAGUGUGAGACAUAUUUAGAGUUUCCUGUGGCGCUCUCUGUCUCUCUCUCUCUAGGAAUGAGCAGGUGUAUUACACACGGUGAGAACUUCCAAUGCCUUUCACAAAUCAGCCUAGCUUAGUAAGUCUAGAAAACCGGAUCUGUGAAAAUCCCUGGUUUGCAUCGCCUCAGCUGAUAUGAACACAAAUAGAUCACAA